AUGACGAAUACUACGCGUACCGCUGCCGUCCAACGAGAAAGCAGAAUACGCUACGCCAAUGUCGACGACGACGAGGAGUAUCAACAAGAGGCGGAAGACGGACCGCAAAACCAGAGGCAAGGGCAUGUCAUGGUCUUGUUACCACUCACAAGGCGCCAAGAUGAUGGAAGCAGAGAACUCCUCGAGUUUCGAGUACAUGUACAAAUAGCAGCCUUUCUCGCCAGCAAGCAUUUGGAGACGCGGGAUGGAAGUGUCCUGCCACAGCUACCACGGCAACUGGAUCGAUGUAAUUUCUCCAUGACAACCACACAUCACGACACUCAGUUCUCACCCGUGGAAGCAGCAAGAAGUGUACUCAAAUCUGAGUCGUUGCAAGCCAAUAGCAAUCAAACAGCACCACGGCCACAACAGAGACCAUUCGCUAUUUUGGGUGCGGGACGUUCCGCAGUGUCACAAAGCGUCAACCACCUCGGAUAUGCCAUGGACAUUCCUCAAAUCAGCUCCUCCAGUACAGCACAAUCCCUCGAUGAAGCACCCUUGUUUGCCAGAACCAUUCCAACGGUUGGAGAUGCUCAUGCUAGUAUCUACUAUUUGUAUUCACUGGGAGUUCGGCAUGUAGGACUGCUAUUUGUCUCGGAUGAAUGGGGGCGGUCCUUUGAACAAGAUCUCAAGUUCUUUGCCUACCAGUAUGACAUCACUUUGACGACUGUUCCAUACAGCAAGCAAAUCAACCCAAAGGACACCGCCGACGUGUACCAAAAUACAAUGGAACAGCUCAAGCAAUCACAACUCAAAUACUUUAUUUCCAUACUGGAUGCCUGGUCAUGGAAACCUUUAGUAAGGAGCGCCUAUCAGCAUGGCCUCAUGGGGAAUCCCGACAAUCUAUGGAUUUUCCCCUAUGCUGUUGAAUUGACCGGGGAGGACUUUUCCCUCGACAGAUCUACAGAGAUGGAUAUAGCAUUGGCUCUACACGGGACAGGAGUGGUCAACUUAGGGGUAAAGCCAUAUCCGCCACUAGAUCAUGCCAUGGCCAACUUUGCCAGUGAUCUGGGUCUGCAGCAAGAGGUCUUGUCAAGACAAGCGGAACCAGGACUUCUGGAGAACUAUACAUUUGGGGAACAACCAGGGCGGUCUCUGUAUCAAUAUCUUACAUAUGAUGCCAUGAUUGCCCUCGGGAUAGCUGCCUGUGAAUCAACGGGGCUGUUUACAGGACAAGAGUUCUAUCAGAACCUGCUGAAGGCGGACUUUCUCGGGGCCUCUGGUAGGGUCCAACUUGACAAUGUGACAGGAACAAGACUAGGGGCCAACCUGGAGUAUCCCAUUGUGAACCUUGUUUUGUCAGACUUCCUUGAUAACAACACAACGUCAGCAUCCUCGUCCAAAGUUCUGUUCUCCCAAAAAACUGUGGCCACUGUGGAAGUGUCACCAAUAGUGGACAAAGCGGCUCCAUUAAACAGCAGCAUAAACCUUUUGCAUCAUCGACCAUUUAUCUAUCAUGACAACUCCACCGCACCACCAUGUCCCUUGCCACCACUCCAACAGAAUCUCAAUCUCAUCCCACGUUGGGUAGUAUGCUUUUGCUUGAGCCUCGGAGGGCUAGUCAUGGUCAUGUCGAUUCUCUUUGCCAUGUGGGUGUGGAACAAUCGGGAUAAAUUCUCAGUCAGAUCAUCACAGCCACCCUUUCUGGUGCAGCUUUGCCUUGGAACUUUGCUCAUGGCUGUUACGAUUGUUCCGAUGGGUUGGCAAGAGGGUUUGCCUGGCUUGGAUGCUGCUUGUAUGUCACUUCCUUGGACGUUCUGCAUUGGCUUUGCACUAGCCGUUUCAGCCCUAUGGAGUAAAGCUUCCAGAAUCUUGAAAUUGAUUGGAUUGGGGAGGGAGCUUCGGAGAAUAACAGUGAAGCCAAAAGAUGUGAUACGGCCUACCAUGCUGCUUUUGGGGGUGAAUAUUGUCCUCUUGACUGCAUGGACUUUGUCUCCCUUUCACAUACGUUGGCAUCGCAUAAUAGUGGAGGGCAGUGUGGAUGCAUUUGAUAGAUUCACAGAUUCCUAUGGCAUGUGCCGGCCAGACCACGGCCAAUCGUAUUUGUAUCUGGCGGUUCCACUUGCCUUGGUGAACCUCGGAGCACUUGCAAUGGCAACAAUUCAAUCCUAUCAAGCACGCCAUGCUCCUUGGGAGCUGUCCGAAGCAGGCUACUUGCAUGUUUCCCUGAUCAGUCUAAGUGAAACAGUUCUUUUGGGUGGUAAGUUCCAUUUUGUGUUGUCGCAUCCUUACAGUAAUGGUAAUGUGGAAUCACAAAUGUUGACCAACCCAUGUGCUGCUUUGCCACUUGUUAACGAUCGUGCCUGGACAGUCCCCACUAUUUUUGUAGUACUGGAGAAUCCCACAGCUCUCUACUUGGUGGCAUCCAUAAUCGUUUGCAUUGGCUGUCUGGCCUUACUAUUGCCAGUAUUUAUUCCAAAGUAUCGGCAGCGUCAUGCCCGUGUCCCCCCAGGAACAAGCCUGAUGAUGAAUGCGGCAACAUCAAAUAGGCCAUCCCAUCAUAUCUCGGGGACCACCAUUGAAAGUGCCGGCAUCUUUCACAGGUUUGGUAGUUGCCGGCCGGAGGGUGGGCAACGACGGCUGGUAAGAAUUCUUGGUGACCGGUGCAAACAGAGAUGUGCGUGCACUGGCGGUGGAAACAGUAAGGGGCAGGGAUGGAACGAUGAGAUGGCAGUUUCAAAGAUUGGGGAAUCUUCUUGCUAG